AUGUCCUGCCCUGCUCGCUACGACUUCAAGACGCACCCCGUUGCGCAUCCCUCCGCCAUUGUCGCCGGCGACAAGUACCGCUUUACUGUCCUCACCGAUGGCCUCCUCCGCUUAGAAUGGGCCGCAGACGGACACUUCGAGAAUCGCGCCUCAACUUUCGCUAUCAAUCGCAAGCUUGCCGUGCCGGAUUUUUAUGUUUGGGACCGUGGCGAUGUUCUCGAGAUCGUAACAAAGCGCUUCCAUGUUGUGUACAACAAGAAGGCUUUUAGCUCAGAGGGCUUCGUCAUACAUUUGAAGGGAUCAAUCAGCGCGAAGUGGACUUAUGGACAGGAAGUGUCGAAUUUAGGAGGCACGACUAGGACGCUGGAUCAGGCGAACGGACGGGUGGAUUUGGGCCCUGGUGUGCUGAGUAGGGAGGGUUUCGCGGUGUUGGACGAUAGCAAUACUAUGCUGUUCGAAGAAAAUGGGUGGAUUGCACCGCGCAGGUCUGGGGCGAGGAAAGACAGAAGCGACGAAUACAUUUUCUUGUAUGGACACGAUUAUCGCGAGGCAAUACGGGCAUACUUCGCUGUGAGCGGAAGUCAGCCGCUGCUGCCGAGAUUUGCAAUGGGCAAUUGGUGGUCCAGAUAUCAUCGGUAUGAUGAAAAGGAGUAUUUGGAACUACACGACCAUCUAAACAAGGACGAUGUCCCGAUGAACGUCGCGGUCGUGGAUAUGGAUUGGCACUUGGUCAUUGCAGGGAAGGAGAUCCCCGCUGGCGAGAAUGGGUGGACUGGAUAUACUUGGAAUAAAGAGCUUUUUCCGGACCCGGAUGCCUUUAUUAAGACAUUGCAUGAUCGCGGGAUGAGAGUCUCGCUCAAUGUACACCCUGCGGAUGGUAUUCGACAUUGGGAAGACCAGUAUGAAGAAGUGGCGAAGGCCAUGGGCAUCAACCCGACAUCCAAAGAGCCGGUGCGGUUCGAUUGCACGGACAAGAAGGGCGUUGACUUUUGGUGGAUCGACUGGCAGCAGGGCGAAGGAUCGAAGAUUCCCGGUGUCGACCCACUGUGGGUGCUAAACCACUUCCAUUUCCUGGACAUUGGCCGUGGCAACGAUCGCCCAUUGAUCUUCUCAAGAUUCGGUGGCCCAGGCGCACAACGAUAUCAGGUUGGCUUUUCAGGUGAUGCCAUCAUUACGUGGGACUCGCUGCACUUCCAGCCGGAGUUCACAUCAACUGCAUCGAACAUUGGGUACGGGUGGUGGUCUCACGACAUCGGUGGUCACACUGCUGGCAUCCACAACGACGAAUUGACGACAAGAUGGGUACAGCUAGGCUGCUGGUCGCCCAUCUUGCGUCUACACUCUGACGUCAACCCCUUCAAUAGUCGCGAACCAUGGCGGUAUAACGACGAAGCAUGCAAAAUAAUGGAAGACACGCUGCGUCUUCGACACCGCCUCAUCCCGUACCUCUACACCAUGAAUGCCCGCUCUGCUUUGAAUGACGAGCCCUUAGUCACGCCAUUGUACUGGGACUACCCCGAGGUGGAUGAAGCAUACGAGGUGCCUAAUGAGUACCGCUUCGGUAGUGAACUGCUCCUCGCACCUAUCACACAGCCGAGGGACAAUAUAACACACCUUGGAUCGGCGACGGCGUGGCUGCCGCCCAAAAGAUACGCGGAUAUCUUCACUGGCGUGGUCUACUACGGCGACCGCAGCCUGAACCUUCAUCGCCCGCUGACACAAACGCCCGUCCUCGCACCAGAAGGCGCCAUAAUCCCACUAGACGCCGCCCAGCGUCCCAAGAGCGGCAGCCCGAACCCCGAAGCCAUCGAACUCCUCCUAGUAGUAGGCUCAGACGGCUCCUUCGACCUCAUCGAAGACGAUGGGAAGGGUACCACCGUCGACGACGGCGAAUUCCAGCUCGUUUCCUCUGCUUCUUCCUCCACCUCCUCAGAUGACGGCAUGGAUGUUGACACUGAAGCCAGCAAAACCGUACGCUUCGUCCACACACCCAUCACAUACAAGCAAGAUACCGGCGUCCUCACGAUCGGACCCACAUAUCCUGUUAACGACCCCGCUGUUCCCAAGACCCGCGAGUGGAAGAUCCGCCUCAUCGCCUACACAUCGUCUAACCCUUCAACCUCAGUAGAAGCCAUCCGAUGCAUAACCAUCUCCGCCAAGCGCGCAAAGUCAAUCUCUCAUACUAUUACCUCCUCCCCCACCGGCACCCUCCUCCACCUCGCCUCGGUCCCGACGAAUCAGGCUGUCAUCGUUGAGUUAUCCUCUUCUAGCCCGCAACUAGACGUCGUCGAUCCACUGCCGAAGAUAUGGACCAUUCUAGACCAAGCGAACAUGGAGUUGAACAAGAAGAGGUGGAUUUGGGAGAGCGUGUUUGAGAAGCCAGGGAAGGUCGAGGUCAUGGUGAAUAAGCUGCAGACUAUGGGAUUGGAGAAUGCGUUGGUCAAUUCGUUUGUGGAGUUGCUUUGUGCGGAUGAUCGAUAUGCGGAGCAGGCGAGAGGAGGUGGGAAGGCGGUAGAGGGUGAUUUCGAGGUGUGGUAA